CCUCGCGGACGUCGGCGCGGGCGCGGCCAUGGCGAGGACCGGCAGCGCGGAAGGCGAGGGCGACAGCCCCGCGCUGUGGGCCGAGGUGCGGGCGCUGCUGCCCCGCGCCGAGGAGGGGCUGACCUUGGCGCUGAGCGGCGAGGUGGAGGACUGCGUCCUGCCGCUGCUGCGGCGGGCCCGCGCGCUGCUCUACGGCGCGGCGGGCCGACCUGAGGCGGCAGCGGCAGCGGCGCUGGAGCGCCUCAGCGACGUCCUGCGUGACUACUCCUGGGAGAAGCUGAACGCGGGGCCAUGGAGGGAGGUCGGCAAGGGCUGGCGCCAGGUCUACGCCUACGGCUGCCUGUUCGGGGCGCUGGCCGAGGUGGCCGCGGGCCGCCCGCUGUCGCGCGCCGUGCGGCUCUGCGACCUGGGGCUGCUGAUGGGCGCCGCCGUGCUGGACAACGUCCUGGCGCGCCUGGUGCGCGCGCUGCAGCCGCGCCUGCCCCGCGCUGCCCCGCGCGCGCCUGACGGGCAGCGGCCGCUCCCGAGCGGCCGGCCGCGGGGGCCGCCCCCCGCCCUGCAGCCCCACGAGGCCAUUCCGCACCUUCGCUGUCCUUCGCUGGAGCACUUCAGAGACAACUACCUCCUUCCCCAGCGGCCCGUGGUCCUGGAGGGCGUCAUGGAUCACUGGCCGUGUAUGAAGAAGUGGAGUGUGGACUAUUUCUGUCAAGUCGCAGGGUGCCGCACAGUCCCCGUGGAGCUGGGUGCUCGGUAUACAGAUGAGGAAUGGUCUCAGCAGCUCAUGACUGUCAGUGACUUCGUCAGCCAGUAUAUCAUGGAUGAGAGCAAUGUAGGAUACCUUGCCCAGCACCAGCUUUUUGAUCAGAUCCCAGAACUGAAAGAAGAUAUCAGUAUCCCUGACUACUGCUGCCUGGGUGAAGGGGAAGAAGAUGACAUCACCAUUAAUGCCUGGUUUGGUCCAGGAGGCACAAUCUCACCUCUUCAUCAGGAUCCCCAGCAAAAUUUUUUAGCCCAGGUAUUUGGAAAAAAGUAUAUCCGUCUCUAUUCACCACAAGAUUCAGAAAACCUAUACCCCCAUGAAAGCCAAAUUCUUCACAACACCAGUCAGGUUGAUGUGGAAGAUCCAGACUUGGUCAAGUUUCCAAAUUUCACAAAGGCUGCAUUUCAGUCCUGCAUUCUGAUGCCUGGGCAGAUUCUGUUUAUUCCAGUUAAAUAUUGGCACUAUGUGCGAUCGCUUGAGCUCAGCUUCUCUGUUAGUUUCUGGUGGUCAUAGUUCUGAAAUGUAGUCAGCAGCACUGAAAUUAAAUUAAAAAUCAGGCAAGUAGCAUCUCUCUUUCAGAAGAGGUUAGAGAUGGAGCAAAACCAACAAACUCUUGCUAAAGCAUGGAGAAGUAGUCAUAAUGGGUAAGUGGAAGGAUGAUGCUGUUGUCACUUCAUUUUUGUAUAUGUUUCUAAUAACUCCUAAAUAGCAUAUGUUAGGUCAUUGGCCUGUGUGUGCAUCCAUCAGAAAGAGCCUCUGUAUGGGCACUGCCAGGGCUCUCCCUGAGCCUGUCUCAAUAACCAGGUCAGGGUUAUCUUCUACUUGGAUUUGGUAAAUAAAACCCUGGACUUAGCUAGAGAGAUGGUGCUACCUGAAGAUUCAAUCAAUGAAAAAAUUAAGCUAACACCAAGCAAGGUACUAGUCUCCUGCAUGAAAAAAGUUACUCAUGUGCUGGUUCUGGCCAGGAUAGGGUUAAUUUUUGCAGUAGCCAGGAACGGCAUGGCCCAGACCCAGAGGUUAUGUUGUACUACCUCAGCCUGCCACUGCUGCAGGCCAGGGGCAGGAACGGGCUCCUUGGUAUUACAGUGACUGAAUCUGUGUGAAUCUUUUGUCUCUCUUGUACACUGUUAUUGAGAUUGUUGCUAUUACUGCUCAUUUUCUUAUUCCAUUGCUGUUUCCAGUAAAUUGUUCUUAUUGCAAC